UCGCGAUCAACCCAAAGCGAGAGCACGAGAGGCAGGAGGGGGAUUUCCAGCUCGAGCCCCCACUUCCCGAGCCAGCCGUUGUUUUGCUUUCGGUCUGGACACAGAAACAGAAAAAAACGACGGCCACGCUUUCCCUUUUCACUUAAAACCCUCAAAUAACUUAACGCGUCCAACUUCGGCUGCGCUGGUUGUUGUGACAGCAGGACUGAGAGGCUACAGGCCGUCCAAACUGAACAGGACACAAUGCCAGUAGAAAGAAUGAGGAUGCGGCCGUGGCUGGAGGAGCAGAUCAACUCCUGCCAGAUACCAGGACUUAAAUGGGUUAAUGAAGAAAAGAGAAUCUUCCAGAUCCCAUGGAUGCAUGCAGCGCGGCACGGAUGGGACCUGGAGAAAGAUGCUCCGCUCUUCAUGAGAUGGGCUGUACAUACCGGUAAAUACCAGCCAGGCAUAGACCGUCCAGAUCCAAAGACGUGGAAGGCUAAUUUCCGCUGUGCCAUGAACAGUUUGCCAGACAUCGAGGAGGUAAAGGACAAAAGCAUCAAAAAGGGAACAAACGCCUUCAGAAUGUAUCGGAUGCUCUCCUUGUCAGAGAGAAGCAUGAAGAAAGGAAAGAAGAAGACGGACAAGGAGGGGAGGGCCAAGGGAAACAAAGAGCAUCGGGUAGUUUCUCCGUCUCAAGACAGGACUCCCUCCGAUGCUCACGUGGGACCUAUUGACUACACCAUACAGGAGACCAUCAAACAGGAAUGGAUCAAGCAGGAACCACUGGAGCUCACAGUGACGGACAGUGCCUCAGCCAUCAGCUCAGUAGACGGCCAUGUGAUCACCAGCGAGCAGCUGCCGUUCGUCUGUCAGACGAUCGAAGUGACCACUGAGAACGAAGAGCAGACUGUCAGCUCCUCCCACUCGUACCCGCUCCAAAUCUCUCCUGUGUCUUCAUGCUGCGGCAGUGACACGGACAGUGACACAGAGGACACCAGAGAAGGUGUCAGUACAGUGUGGAGGCGGGGCUACAGCACAUCAGUUCUCAGGGUUCCUUCAUGUUCUCUUCCUGGCAUGGCCACCUUCGUCAGUACAAGCAAGCCAAACUUCAGGGUCACCAGCACACGGGACCCGGCCCCGCUCAUCAGCUACCACACUGACGGCUGGAUGCCUGCCUACAGCCAGAACUCUCUCGCGUCUGCGGCGACCAGCCACACCCACGAGAUGCGUGCAAGUGUCAUUAUGAAAACCUCGGACGUGACUCCCUCCUGACCCCUGACCCCUGAUGAGGGAGUGUUAUCACUGCUACCAGGGCAUAGGAAUAACAGAGAUAGUUUGUUUUCUCCAUCUUGGCUGCAUGCAGCCAUAAGAGGGUGAGCUUGAAAAACCCUAAGAUUUUUUUUUUGUCGCUUCCUGUCUGGGCGAAUUCAAACUGCUGCUGACUAGUGUUAACUAAAUUCUCCAUGGCUUGACAUGUCCAUUAAUUUGUCAGCACCUGUACCCAAUUUUUAUAUUUUUUUCUGCAUCUUUAUAGAUGCAAGGGUCUGAGUGAUGUAAAUGUCAUUACCUUCCAUGUCUGCAAGGAUUUGCGGACCAUCCACGUGAAAAUGCAAAACUAUGAUCACGUGGACCGCAUACAACGUCAGUCAUGUAUGCAGACAUGUGGUAUAAGCAGACCUUGUGUGUGCCCGUUGUCCCUGUCCGUUUUGGGUGACAUCUGGCCUUUUAGACACCAUAAUUGUCCACGUGUCAAUGGUCAGCCAUUUUCUCUGCUGCUUUGUGCCAACACUUUAGCAUACAUUACACCUAAUCAAGGAAGUUCAUCACUUUUAUCUAAUUUGCUUUAAGUUGUAAAAAUGUAAUGUUUCUUUUAAUGCAAAGCCUGUAGAUGAAUACACACUUGAAUGAAUUAUCUUUGAGUCAGUAUUGCCUUACUGCAGGGUUUAACCUCUAGCCUCAUUUUCAUCGUCUUUAUUGUGAUUUUUAGUGGAACACAGUUUCCGAUCAAACUAAAAGACCCAAAUAGUUUGUCAAAGUCUUUUUUUUUUGCAAUUACAGUUGUCAAAGCCCCCUCAUAUAACUGCCCCGUGUCCUUUAAAGGAACACUUCACCCACAAAAUGACCUUUGUAUAUCCGUUGCUUACCCCAUGUUACCUUGAAUCUUGGAGAAAACUUUGUUUUUCUCACAUGACUCCAUGUCUGAUUCUCAUUGGUCAGACAGUCGCUGGUGUUACUUAAGUAAGGCCAUCUGUCAACCAAAGCGUUUCAUAACACCAACGCAAAACAACAUUUUUUGUUCAUCGCUUGCAUCUGUCCUCGCUGAUGAUUGCGCUAUGUAAUAUUUGUCCCGCCUCUUCUCCACUGCGAUUGGACGGCUGGUGACAGUGAUGAGGGCAGAAGAACGUUUUUCUCCCAGGCCCGUAUUUAACAACAGCAAAACUUUAUCAAAACAAUCUCUCACACAACUCGUGCAAUGCAGUCUCAUUAAUCCAGACGUAUGCUCAGUAUUUCCCAAACACGUACAUUUUCACAACGAUAUUACAUUUUAAAACACGCCAGCACAAAGAGUCACCUGCAUGGCCGGGUAGCGAGCCUGGGCAAGAGUGUGCGUUUGAACCUGGCUGUCUCAGUUAACUUUGAAAACAUGUUUUUGCUGUCUUUAAAUUGUUGACUUUAAUUCGUGAGGAAUGUUCGCUCUCUUUGGAUCCUCCGUUCACUGCGGAGUCAUGCGAAAAAACGUUUGCUUCCAAAUGCAAGGUAACAUGGGGUGAAUAACAUACCUGAAUGGUCAUUUUGCACGUAAAGUAUUCUGAUAAGACUGCUCACCAUGAAGUAUUAGGAAAGACCACCUGCUAUCUUAAAGUAGUGUAUGCUCAAGUGUAAGCAUGAAACGUGGCACUAAAUGCUCUCCUGACACACACUGAUGGAACAAAGAUGCGUUCAUAACAAAGCGAUGAAUGCAGCAUUUCAUGGGGAAUUACAUCUCUGUUGGCAAACCAGCUCAACCAGCAGCAAGUUGCAAAAAGAAUCGAAGGCAUGUCGUUAUCAUGAUUAAGACUGACAAUCAUCAUGAAGCCUCGACUGGCCCCGCAGUGGAAAGCAGAUGCGUGUGUGUCUGUCUGGAGACCUCAGGACAAUGUACCCGCCAACACAGACAGAUGAACAGACAGAACUGACUCACUGACAGACAGACUGACAGACUGUGAACAAUGUAUUCAUGUCUUCUCCUCUCCUCUGCCUCCUGGUGUUAAUAAUGUACAUAGCUCGUAUGUAUGCAAGCCGCUUCAGCACCUUACGGACAGCACUAUGUGUGUGUGUGUGUGUGUGUUUGUGUGAGAGAAAAAGCCUUAUUGAAGAUGUGUGCCUUUGAUAGAGUAUGGCUGGAUUCAAACUAUCUGUGCUUUAGUCUGCUAGUGACACAUGCAGGUAGCUUUUCAGGAAUUUAAUUUGGCCAUGUGUGGAUUGCAGUCUUGGGGAGCAUGGAGGAAUGAAGAAGUGGUUAUAGCGUUUUUGUGCACAUCAUGUAUGGUUCUUGACAUGGUUGAUUGAGUAACAGUGUAACAAACAUUCUCAUGUGUUAGAAUAUUUCCUAUUUAAGGCCAUUGGGUCAGAGGAAAGAGACUGAAUCUCAGGGUUUCAUCUGGACAUCUUUAACUUGAGUUAUAGUGCAUGCAAAGUGAGUGCAAUCGGCAGUUAAUUCUGCACAUUUUAAGUGAAUGUUUUGCUAUGAUAAGAAGGAAUAAGUCUGGGCUUGAGAUACAUCCCAGAGGACUUUGUCAUCAGCAGAGGCUGAGCUCUGUAGUUUUUACAGUCUAGUCUCUUAGUUUAAAACUUCCUGUUUUCCAGUUGGCUUUAGUGCACAGAUGUCUCAAGUCUUCCCUCUGUUUUCUCAUUGUGUCCAACCUCCAUUCUGCCUACUUAGAGCACAGUAGCCACUAGCCUUAAUCCUGAUAUCCUAAAGAUCAAACGAUUCUUUGACUUUUUACCAGGGUUCCGGUCAAAAAACUUUCACAAAAACGUCAUGGAAUCAGUAAAGAUCAUUCAAGGUUUUGGAAAAGUCAUAACAUUUCUUUUGUGUUCUUCUACAUUGCUAUAGUAGUCAUCCGUGACUAACCUUUCAAGUAAUGAAACGUAAUAGCAAAUUUGUUUUCUGUAGCUGUCGUAACAUAGCUCUAAUAUGCGUCGACGUGUGACGUUUUAUUAACCAUCACUAAUGUUUCUUCAUUUUCUCCGUGUUCCUUCUCUCUAUUCAGUCAUGCUAGCUAGGUGAAAUUACAUUUGGUUAUAGUUUGAAUCUGAUGUUCAACCCUGAAAAGUCAUGGAAAAGUUUUUUUUUUUUUUAAAUUCCAUGAAAAUGUGUGGGAAUUUUUGUUUAAAAAAAAACAAAAAACAUCUUGUCAUAUUUGCUGAAAUUAUCAACACAUCUUCUCAGUAGUGCACAAGACGAUCUGUGAAUUAGAGUUCCUGGUCAGGUAGUGCUUCAAAUAGCAUUUUUGAGAAUCUUUUGUUAUUGAACAAAAACAACCAAUCAGAGUGGAGGGGCCUCUUUCACUGUUGCUCCAGCAAUUGGGCAAAGCUUCAUUCUGUCACAUCUGUUUACAGCAUGACAGCUGAGUCACAGAGUCUUAAUUUACAGCUAAACAGUACACUAAAAUGCAUUUCUAGGCACAAAUAGGCAAUGCAGUAACAGAAUCUUGAUUUAUAUUUAAUCAGUGCUGCCUAGUUUAACAGUUUGACCACAGUUCACGAGCAGCGAUCGACAGCUGCGUUAAAGACUCCACGUAUCUGACAGGUUGUUUUGGUUCAUAUAUGGCAGAUUCUUGCAAAUGCCAUUUGAAGCACUAUCAGUAGCCAGGAGAACAUGUUUUUUUUUCACAGAUUAUCUGUCUUUCAUUUUAAACAUCCAUUUAUUUAUUUUAUAGUGCAGUAUGA